GAAAUCAGAGCAGCUAACUUAGCUGCUCAUUGCUCGUUUUUGAGUGCCAUGAUGCAAGAAUUGGCUUGCGUUUUGGCUGUGCGUAAUGUAUCACGUCAAGCUGCCAUUGAAGCAGUGGAAAGAGCCUUCUCUAGAUGUUAUAAUGAUUUGGAGCCUAUUGGGCGCCGCAUUAGGCGUAAUUCUCCUGAUCAGCAUAGAGCUUAUCAAGAAUUCAACAGGUCUUUGUAAAAAAGCCAACGA